GUCCACGACCCAGCGGGCGCGCGCAGCUUGAAUUAUGGAGCACAAGGUUAACCUGAAAGAAAUUAGGGACCAGUUCUACCAUUAUGUGCUUAGUGAGCAUGCAGAAGAUAUUCAGCACACCUUGGAAGACACUGGUGAUACAGCCAGGCACAUACCUGUCUAUAUUAAUUUCCUGACGCUGAGCGAGAGCUGCGCGGUGCUGGCGGAUCUACUGCGCACCAGCGGCAGCCAAGUGCUGCCCGCGCUGGACCGGGCGCUGGUCCGCGCCGCCCGCCACCUGUACGGCCAGCUGACGGACGCCGGCGUGACCGGCCUGACGCUCAAGACCAGCUUGCACGUCCGCCUCAUCGAGCUACCGGUGUGUGCCGAGCUGCAGCGCACGUGCGUGCCGCGGAUCGAGGACGAGGGCCAGCUGUUGUGUGUUUCGGGAACGGUGGUGCGAGCCGGCCUGCCCCACAUGCUCGAGACCAGGGCGUACUACACCUGUAACAAGUGCAAGCACCCGUUCACCGUCACUGCAGAGUACGAGCAGAGCUACCAGUCCGAGCGGCCCGCUCGCUGUCCGAACCCGAAGCCGUGCCGCGCUGGCGCCGGCUUCGCGCCCGCCUCGGCCCCCGACGUCAGCGUGCGCCACCACCAGGCCAGAGAUUAUCAGGAGAUUCGGCUGCAGGAGCAGGUACAGAAGCUGGAUGUGGGCAAGAUCCCCCGCGGCCUCUGUGUCGUGCUGGAGGACGAUCUGGUGGACUCCUGCAAGGCUGGGGACGAUGUGAUCAUCACGGGGACGGUGCGUCAGCGGUGGCGGUCAGCGGUGCGCGGCUCGCCGCCCGACAUCGAGAUGACGCUGCACGCCAACCGGGUGUUCGUCAACAGCGAGCAGCGCACCAGCCUGCUGCUGACCGACGAGCGGCGCCGACAGUUCGACGAGUUCUGGCGCAGAUACCGGCACGACCCCAUGGGCGGCCGCAACCGCAUCCUGCAGCGCUUCUGCUCGCAGAUAUAUGGCCUUUAUGUCGUGAAGCUGGCCGUGGCGUUGACCCUGGUGGGAGGUGUGCGACGGAGCGAUGGCACCAGCAGUACGCGCGGCGAGCCCCACCUCCUGCUCGUCGGAGACCCCGGUACGGGCAAGUCGCAGCUGCUGAAGUAUGCGGCCCGGCUGUGCGCGCGCUCCGUCCUCACCACGGGCAUCGGCUCCACUUCGGCUGGCCUCACCUGCGCUGCUGUUAAGGAGGGGGCUGAGUGGCAGCUGGAGGCGGGAGCUCUGGUCCUGGCUCACGGCGGCGUCUGCUGCAUCGACGAGUUUAACUCCGUGAGAGAGGCCGACAAGACCAGCAUCCACGAGGCCAUGGAACAGCAGACGAUCAGUGUGGCCAAGGCGGGCAUGGUGUGCAAGCUCAACACGCGCUGCUCGAUCGUGGCGGCGGCAAACCCGCGCCUCCCAGUCGACUGGGAGUCGGGCUGCGACGUGCUACCGAGGCUCGGGCUGGGCUCGCCUCUGCUCUCCCGCUUCGACCUCAUCCUGGUGCUGAAGGACGCCGGCAGCCGCGGCUGGGACAAACUUGUGUCCGGCUACAUUCUGUCCGGCCUGGACCCGCUGGCCGGCGCCGAGCCCACCGCUGCCGCCGCCGACUGGAGCCUGGAGACGCUGCAAGCGUACCUGGCGCACGUGCGCACCCUGCAGCCCGAGCCGGACCGGCGGGCGGCCGCCCUGCUGCAGCGGUACUACCAGCUGGUGCGUGGCCAGGAGUCGGCCGGCCGCUCGCGCACCACCGUCCGCCUGCUGGAGUCGCUGCUGCGGCUGGCGCAGGCGCACGCUCGGCUGCGCUGCUCGGACGACGGCGCGCAGCUCUGCGACGCCGUGGUGGCCGUCACGCUGGUGGAGGCGUCGCUGGGCGGGCUGGGCGGCGGCCUGCUCGGCCCCGACGGCGUCGGCUCCAUCCUGCAGACCAGCUUCCCGGACAGCCCGGCCGACGAGUACCGCCAGCAGUGUGAGCUGAUCCUGGGCCGGCUCGGCAUGGAGGACCUGCUGGAGCAGGAGAUGGCCGCGCUGGACGAGGUCGGCGCAGGUCACGACAUUGGCGAUCUGUCAACCCUGGAGCUGGCGGAGGGCGCCACAAGCCUGGGUUCGACAGACGAGCUGCCGGUGGGCCGCCCCGGCGCCCAGCAGCUAUCGCGUUUCAAGUUCGUCAGGAAACCGGCGGCCGCGUUCAGCCUGACCCGCUCGGAGGUCGGGCACGCGCCCGGCUUCAGCACCUCGCUCGACGGCUUCGUGGACGACCUGGACGAUUUCGAGAGCUCGCUGCGAACCGGCACAGGCGGGGGCGGCAGCGCGACGGGGAGCGCCGCUGGCUGCUCACAGUUCGACUCUGCCGACGAUGACUUUCCAGAGCUGGACCUGGACUUCAGCUGGCCGCCGACGAAACGUAUCAAGUUGUGA